AUGAGGGGGUUCAAUGCCGGGGGCAGCAGCGAGUACAGAACAGCCAUCAACAGAUCCAGUGACCGGGACGAGGUGGAGGGGGGCUUCAGGGAGGCAAACAUACCAGUGCUGACAUACAGGGAGACCACGGCCAGCUCCAGGAAUGGACAUCUCAUUGCCAUAAAGGCAGCUCCACGGAAGGACCCUCAGAGCCUGAACUGCAGGGGAACCCCCCGCACCCUGCCCUUUAUCCCCAGGGGUCUUGAAAAGAGGGACAAGAGCAACACUGCUGAGGAGCACUUCAGAAGAGCCCUGAUGGGAAUGAUGGCAACUGCCAAGGAGAUGGUGGUGCUGCCUGUAGGCUGGGGGAGCAGUGGCGGAGACGUGUUCACAGAGACGCGGGAGCUGCAGCUCUUGCACUUCUGGCUCUUCCUGGCCAUUUACCUGGCUGCCCUCCUGGGCAACAUCCUCAUCACCACAGCUGUAGCCUGCGACCACCGCCUCCACACUCCCAUGUACUUCUUCCUCCUCAACCUCUCUGUUCUUGAUAUUGGCUCUAUCUCCACCACAGUCCCUCAAUCCAUGGCCAACUCCCUCUGGGACACCAAGGCAAUCUCCUACUCAGGAUGUGCUGCCCAGGUCUUCUUUCUAUUCUUCUUUUUUGGUGCAGAGUAUUCCCUUCUCACCGUCAUGGCCUAUGACCGCUACGUUGCCAUCUGCAGACCCCUGCGCUACAGGACCCUCCUGGGCAGCAGAGCUUGUGUCCACAUGGCAGCAGCUGCCUGGGGCACUGGGUUUCUCAAUGCUCUCCUGCACACGGCCAGUACAUUUUCACUGCCACUCUGCCAAGGCAAUGCCAUAAACCAGUUCUUCUGCGAAAUAUCCCAGAUCCUCAAGCUCUCCUGUUCAGAUGACUACCUGAGGGAAUCUGGGCUUCUUGUGUUUAGUCUUGCCUUUGCUUUUGGAUGUUUUGUUUUCAUUGUGCUGUCCUACGUGCAGAUCUUCAGGGCCGUGCUGAGGAUCCCCUCUGAGCAGGGACGGCACAAAGCCUUUUCCAUGUGCCUCCCUCACCUGGCCGUCGUCUCCCUGUUCAUUAGCAGUUGUAUGAUUGCCUACCUGAAGCCCCCCUCCGUCUCUUCCCCAGCUCUGGACCUGGUGGUGGCAGUUCUCUACUCGGUGGUGCCUGCAGCAGUGAACCCCCUCAUCUACAGCAUGAGGAACCAGGAGCUGAAGGAUGCCCUGAGCAAACUGAUUCAAUGGGUUCACCUUCAGCAGCAGUAA